AUGUAUUUUCACUGUUAUUUGGACAAAUACAUUGUGGUGAUAUAUGGUUAUAAAAAAGCUAUUGCCAGCCAGUGUAAACUCGAUACUAAACUAACAUACGGCCGUGCAUGUAACGAGACGUCCACAGCCGACUUGAGAGAGUUACACGUCUUUGCCGAUGCGUCUCAGAGAGCUUACGCGGCAGCCGUGUACGUAAAAUGCAAGGGAGGUGAAGAUACUUAUGUAAGACUGUUGACUGCCAAAACUAAGGUGGCGCCAAUCGAAAAGGAAAUCUCAAUCCCUCGAAUGGAGCUUUGUGCGGCAGUGCUGGCAACAAAAUUGAUUCAUGAGGUUUCACAAACUAUGAGGAUUCCAAAGACAAACUUAUACGCAUGGUCAGAUUCAACUGUGGUCCUUGCUUGGUUAGGAGGAGAACCAACUCGAUGGGCAACAUUCGUAAGCAACAGGGUAUCCGAGAUACUGACUGUAUUAGAUCGUGAUCAAUGGAACCAUGUAAAAACGGAUCAGAAUCCAGCAGACUGUGCCUCGAGAGGUAUGUCUAUCGCUGAGCUUGCUAUUCUAGUCAACAUCUAUUGUACCAAUGCAAACAGUUUGGUAGCAAGUCCUCCGAAGAGAGAAGUGAGUUUGUACCGUUGUCGGAAUAAAGGUGCUCACAGUGUGAUUAUA